GAGGCGACUACGCGCCGCAAUUAGCUAACAUCCGUGAGUUCACCCAAUCACAGCUCACCGUUUCGAAUUUUACUUGAACCAUGUGCACUCUCCACGUGCUCACUUUCAAUCGUUCACUGUUCUCGUCGACUCGGUUUUCGUCUUUCUCUACGUUUCAAACUGGAUAACGAAUUUCGUCAUCUACGUGGUGGUUACCACUACUCGACAUUCGGUCGAUUUCAGUAUCCGAGGUCGUCGUCGGUAGCCAAUGGACAAGAGCGACCUCCCUUCCAUCCUCUCGUGUCUCCCACCUCUCUUUCUACUUUUCGCGGUCACUUCUAUUCGAUGCCCCCUCCCGGUCACUUUCACUACAAUCCUUUUCAUCCUUCACGUCCGAUUGGCUAUAGACCUUCGACAUCUGCAGCGGCAGCAUCGACGACGACGGCGGCGGUCGUUCCUCCGGUGGCGAACGCGUUCAGUUCGAAUUCGAGUUCGUUAGACGAAGGAUGGAGCAGCGGAACGUGCAUCGAAGUUGUUCUAAGGGAAUUCGAUCUGUGGCAGAAAUUUUCUAAAAUUGGUACCGAAAUGAUAAUUACCAAAUCGGGGAGACAACUGUUCCCGCUUAUCGUCGUGUCUGUGACUAACCUGGAGAAAGACAGUGUGUACAAAGUUGUGUUAGAGUUCGCCUGCAAUGACCGCCGCCGAUACAAAUUUAUCAAAUCGCAAUGGGUAUCCAGUCAGCAGUCUGACGCCACGUUUCCUGACCAAGACCCGUCAUUCGUGCAUCCAGACAGUCCUGCUACUGGAAAACACUGGAUGAAACAAGUUAUCUCGUUCAAAGCGGCCAAAUUGACAAACGACAAGGAUUGUCGUAAAUCUACUCGUGUGAGUGAAAUGAUUGUAGGAUUGGUUGUUGUAUUGGGCUUUUUGUCCCCGAGUGGGACUUGCACUAUGUGCGACAACAAUAAAUUUAUUCAGUCAUUCAGUCAUGAUGGCGUUGUUCUUCAUUCGAUGCACAAGUACGAGCCGCAAGUAGCCAUUUUCAAAUUGUCUGACGUCGACGGAACGUUCGAACGUGUUUUCGUCCGACAACUGCCUCUGUGUCAUUUCAUUAGCGUUACGUCAUAUCAGAACAAAGAAAUCACCCGUCUCAAGAUCGACAAUAAUCCUUAUGCGAAAGCAUUUCGUGACCAAGAGACGAGCGAUGGCAUCAAAACUUUUCCCGAAUCAUUGCAGUCGGUCUCGCCAAAUUUCUCGCAUGCGGAGUCUGCGUUUCCUUCCUCUCUCGUUAGUGACUACAUUCCCCAAUUCACCGGUAUUAUGGAUUCUCCAUUUUCUCAUUACCACCACCCGUCUUCUUCUUCUAUCUCUCCAUACUCUGCGCUCGUUUCGUCGUUUAAUCCAUUUCACGGCUUAUCACCAGUCGUCAAACCCGACGACGUUCAGUCUCACCAAAGAAGAUUUAGUGCUUCAGACGCGCUCGCCGGUGAGACAUCUAGUUCAUUUAGAAUGAGCCGCAGCCAGGACGAUACCGACAGUGUCAGUCGACUACGUCAAGAGAACAGCACGAGCAGUCGGUGUAAGAAGCGUCGAAGACAGCAUCACGAUUCGGUUACUUCGUUCAAGAAGGAUCCUCGGCAGGAGCAGGAUACGUGUUCUUCGUCUGAGGCGAGGCGACGGCAAGAGGAGCAUACGUGCGGCUCGUCGAAAACGUCGACGAGUGGACAGGAAUGGGAUGAUUGGCAUUGUCUGUCAACGACGUGAGACCGGAACGAAACCUAGACUUCUAUGUCCAGGAGCGUUCGCCAACCGAGCGAGUCGGCUACUGGGAGAUUUAUCGGACAGUGAUUGAUGUUUUUGGCUUUUUAGAGACGUGGUGUGCACAGAACUAUGGGUUUGGGUAUUACUGACACGUAUACUUUUAGUCUAGCACGUCUUCACUAUGUUUUAGCACGUUUUUGAGCAUUACUGCAAUAGAAGUAUUGAUGGGGAGCAUCACA